UUUUGAACCGAACGGCGGUUAAAAACAAGCGACUGCACUGGGUUGUUGUUUUAUUAAAAAGAAAAGGAGGAGUGAUGUCGAAUGUCAGAGCCCCUCACACGGUGAGGUGUGAUCGAGCUCCUCUGCGUGAUGUACAGAAUGAAAGGUCAGCACUGCAGCUGACUCCUUCCAGUGUUAAAGUGUGUGAGGUGACCUCUGAUCAGAAGGAAAACCUCUCAGAGAACACAUCGGUGUCAAACAUCACGUUUAAAUCCUUCACAUGUCCAGGAGGAGAGGUGGAGAUCUCGGACAGAUCCGAUUUCUUAGACGUACCCAUUCUAGUCACUCUCGACUCUUCUCCAGACACUGGUAAUAACACCACACUGACGCACGAGAACACUGAGGGCGAACACGAGGAUCAUCUGUACUGCAGGUUCACCUCAGACUGGACAGAGAAGGACCAUGAUGCCCCCUGUGCUCGGUCUCUGAGCCACAGCACAAACUCUACAGACGUCACCUUCAAAUCCUUUACCUGUCCUGGAGGAGAGGUCGAGAUCGCAGGUGAUGAUUCGCUCGUUGGUGGUGAAUCAACUGAUGAUAAAGAUGUAGAUUUAGAGAAUCCCACUGAGUGUUUUGAAGAUGAGGUCUCUGAUGAACACUCAGAAUCUCCAAGCCACCAUUUUGAUCAUCCGUACUGUAAUAGUCAAACAUCUGAGCUAAGAUUGGGGAAAAUGGUGGAGGAGGAGGAUGGGUCUGUAAACCAUGGAUCUGUCUCUGAAAACACUACAGACGUCACCUUUAAGUCUUUCACCUGUCCUGGAGGAGAAGUUGAAAUCUCAGAAAAAUCCCUCUCACAGAGUUCAUCACCAAUGAAGAAUGAGUCACUCGUGGAUAAUGAUUUAAAAGUGCAGGAUCUUGAGGGCGACACCUGUGACGAGCACACAGAGCUUCCCAGCCGUCAUUUUGAUCAUCUGUACUGUAACACUCAAACGUCUGAGCUGAGAUCUGGAGAAAUGGUGGAUGAUGGUGAUGAAGAUGAACAUGGUGGUUAUGAAAUUCAUCCAUCUGAAUCUGCUCCCAAAAACGCUUCAGACGUCACCUUUAAAUCCUUCUCUUGUCCUGGAGGAGAAGUUGAAAUAUCAGAAGAAUCACUUCUGCAACGUGAAUCACUUGUUCAGAACGUAUCACUCAUCUUUAAAGAUUCAGAAGUGCAGGAGACCAGUGACGAGCACACCGAGCUUCCCAGCCGCCAUUUUGAUCAUCCAUACUUUAACAAGGAAACGGAAUCUCUUCCAGAACAAGUAGAUGAUCCUGUUAUGUGCACCACUAAAAAUCGAGAAAGUGUCAUUUCCACAAAAGAUGCUCACAGUGCCCUAAAUAACUCCACUGCAGAGUCCCCAGAGAAACAAAAUGAUGUCAUGUUUCACGUCUCAGAAGCUGGAGUGGAGAUGGAGAACAUGUACAGCAUGUUCGACAUGUCUGUACUCGUGAAUGGGUUAAACAUCUAUGAUCAGGCCAACAGCGAGUCAGGUGAUCAAGGAGGAGAAAGCCUCGUCGUCAGCGUGAAAGACAACAGUGUUUCUUGCCACGUCAUAAAAAGUGAUCCUGACGAGACCAUUUCUAAAAUUGAUGCUCACAUCAGUGUACAGAUUUCCAGUUCUGGGGUUUUGGAAAAAUCAGAAAGUUUAGAGAUAAAUGAGGAAUCAGAUGAUAUUAAGUCUGAAGUAAUGGUUCCUGAAGGUUCUUCAAACACCACAGAGGCAGUUGAUGCACAACCUGCCCCGCAGCGAGAUCUUGACCAGCACACGUCCGCUAAUCUUGAAGAAAAUGUUCUUAAGGAUGAGAACAUGCAAUCUGAUGUUGAAGUGUUUUCAAAUAAACAGGGAGAAAUAUCCCUUUCCGAACCUGGUCUAGAUCGAAUUUCUGUAAGUUUCAGUACUGCAGAAACCCAGAACUUGGAGAACCACAGCAUAAUCAGCCACGACGGAGAUGUGUCGACCCACGCCGAUCCUGAAAUCCUGCGUUCUGAAAGUGUGAAUGUAGAAGCUCAAAUGAAAAUGUGGAGCCACAUCAUUCUUUCUGAGCCUUCCACUCCUAAACAUUCAGCACUUGGACACCUCUGGCUUUCAGAAAGUCCCAUACCUCCACCCAAGUUGCACUCCACUAUACUCGCUCCGCCACUAACCCCAAAACCAGCGGCCGUAUCUGAUCUCGCUCUAAAUAGAGACAAGGUCACAAAGGAUUUCUCCGCAGUGGGGAAAGGACCUCUUCAAGAACAGCUCAGGAAAAUGGGCGAGCUACUGAUUGCAGCAUCGGGCAAAAUCUCCGCGCCAGCAGCUGUGACGCCGGUGCAGCAACACAGCGCCUGCGUGUGGACCACGCCCAAGUUGCAGCAGGAGCGCAGUACCAACACCUCUGCCGUCAUGGAGGCGAGGAAGGAGAGAGACGUCUCCGACGCCUGCACUUCAACAGACUCCCUGCUCUGGAGUGUGAGUCGCAGUAACCUGGAGUCUUUAUCCCGCUCUGAGCUGGAACAGAAGAUGAUCUCUACCCUCAUCAUGGUGGAGGUUCUGUCUCAGCAGCUCACCUUGGCCCAGAACCAGAACGUUAGAGGCAGGAGCGAGUCGAGCCCGUCCAGCCUGAGAGACCGCCUGGUCCAGACGGACCGCACCGAGCUCAGUCAGACGGGGCCGUACAGAGAGCUGUAUGUGAGCGCUCUAGAGAGAAUCCGAACUCUGGAGAUCGAUCAGGAAACGCUUCACAGCUUACACCUGGCCAUGCAGCUCAUGAGCAGCACCUUGUUGCAGGUCAGAUCAGAAACAGAGGAGGCUCUCAGCACCAUGAAGGAGCUAGAAGGCAUCGUUACUGAUGAUCAGGAGAUCCAGUCUCAGCAGCUGGUGCGGAUGAAGGCUCUCCAAGCUCGCUGUAUGGACACGUUGAACAAGAUGGAGCAGAAGAACAGAGUGUGUGUGCAGGACCGAGAUGAUAUGAAGAAGCAGAUGGAAGAAGCUCUGGAGCAAAAAUCCACGGUGCUGCGGGUGCUGGAGCAGUUGCGUGUCCACCACACCACACAAGUGUCUGAUCUCCAGUGCAACCUUGGAUCACACGAGGAACUUACAGCUGCACUUUCACACACUUACCCACAGCUGGUGGAGCUAAACAGGAUGCACAUGGACUCUGUGACAGAAGCCAACACACUUCUGAGAGAGACACUGGAGGAUCACACACGCCUGUCUGCUGAGCUCCAUAAAGCUCAGCAGCUCCUCCAGAGGACGUAUCCAGUACUGCAUCAACUCCAGCACAGGGCGUCAGCAGCUGUACAGCAGAGUCACACACACCAGGAGGAGAGAGACAGAGCUGUAGAGGAAAGGGAACAGAUGGAGCAGCAGCUGUAUGAGACACACUCCAGUCUGCAGGACGCCCAUCAGCAGAUUGCAGAUCUCAACACACAGAUAACCAUCAUGAGCUCAGAGAUGGCGGUUCUGCGUGAGCAGCUGACUGAGGUCGAAGACGAGCGUUCUCAGUUACAGAGGAAGACAACCGAGCUCUCGGCUACAGUUUCAUCUUCUCUGGCUUCUUAUGCUUUCCUGGAGCAAACACUCACCUCUGAGACCAGCAAGCUACAGAGGUCACUGCACGACAUUCAGGAGGCCACGGAGAGAGCAGACAGUGCUCAGGCAGCUCUGUGUGUGUGUGAGAGGAAGGUAGAGGAGUUGGAGCAGACAUUGGCGCAGAAAGAGAAUCUUAUUUCUCAGCUGAGCACUGACACGGAGAAUCAGCGGCUGCAGCUGCGCAGACUCACACAGGUCCAGAGUGAGCUGUGGAACGCCAAGGAGAUGAGUGAGUUCCUACAGGCGGAGAACGAGCUGACCCGAGAGCAGCUGACUGAGAGUGAGGGAUUGCUGCGUUCACACCUUCAGGGGCUGAGAGAGAGAAACCUGGAGUGUGAGGAUCUCCGAGUGGAGCUACAGCAGCUACGUGUGGAGAAAGAGUAUGUGCAGCAGGAGCUGGUCAGUACGCGUGAGAAAGCUCGGCUCAUGCUGCUGGAUCAGGGAGAGCAGCUCGCCCAGGGUGUGCUGGACACCUCCCUACUGCUGCAGCGUGUGUGCGCUCUCAUUGACAACACAACCACUUCUGACAACCACAAGAGCUGCAAUGGUCCGGUCCAACCUGAUCCAUCAGCCCUGGCUCAGUCCUGCAGCUCAUUUCUUAACUCGGUCAUUAACGCUCUGACUGAAGAGCAACCCUGUGUUACAGCGCUACCUACGCAACCAGCAAGUUGUGUAGAGGAAGAGGACACGAUCGAGACCCUGAGCAGCGGGAGCAGCGCCUUCACUCGCAUCAUGCCAGCUGAACUCCAAAACACAAAUGCUAAGCACAGCACCACUCUGUCAGAGUUGUCAUCGGCUCUGGGUGAGAGUGUGUCGGAGCUCCAGUCGGCCAUCGAGCAGCUGAAAAAGCACAAAGACUCUGAGAUACACACUCUGCACAAGAGCAUUCGUGACCUGCAGGAGGCGAUGGAGACCCAGGGUAGCCGACACACAGUUGAGGAGGCGGCGCUUAAACAGGAAGUGUCCCGCCUUAAAGCUCAGGUUCAGAAAGAUGCACAGGCGCUGCAUCAGAAAAGACAGGAUGAGAAGACCCUGAAAAAGUUGUGCAGUGAGCUGGAAGAGAAGAUGGAUGCAGCACAGAAACAACGAGCAGAUAACAGCGAGCUGCGAAGGGAGGUGGCGGAUCUGCGCCGGGUGCUGCAGCAGUCUCAGGCGGAGGUGCAGGCUCUAAGGGCAGAGCUACGAUCCACAGACCAAUCAGCAGCCAGCAUGAAGGACCUGGACGAGAGGAUCCGCCUCCUGAGAGAGGUGGAGAAGCUAAAGGCCAGUCUUACAGAGGUUGAGGAAUCCAGAUCCAAACUGCUGGAACGAGCAAAGAGACACCAAAUGGUGCACACGAUGAAUCAGAGUAAACUGGAGCGUGAGCUUCACCUGCUGGAUGACAUGAUCGAGACUGCCAGGAAGGCUCUUGCGUCUGUACCUGAUGUAGUAAGCACUUGUCCUGAGCUGCAGAAGUUAGUGGAGUAUCUCAACUGAUUCUGUUCUUUGUUUUUUGUUUUAUUUUUUAAAUAACUGACUCUGUUUCAAUUUUUCUAAUAAAUGUUAUUUUUCACUGGCAUUAAAACUCAAA